GGGUGUGCAUGCGCGGUGCGCUUCGCUCCUUGGUCGGCACAAGGGGUUGUUUCAACCCUCAGUCUGGCGCCGCGUGCGAGACCGCGAGUCGGGCACGACGCUCUUCCUCGGGGACCACGUUUCGAGGCAACACAGGACCGUCGGGAACGAUGAUCCGCGCGACGAUGUCCCGUCAUUCGAAAUCCGAUGACCCGACCUGAAGCUAGCCUGCACCACCACCUGUAGCCGAACCUGGCCCCCCACCCCUUCGUUCGACCCGAGACUCGAUCGUUUCCUGGCCCAAUCGUUUCGACAUCGGCGAUGAACAUUCUGACCGGGUCCCCUUCGUUCACCAAAGUGUGGUUCGCGUUGUCAGCCGGCCUCCCGUCGUCCGAGAGUGUAUUUAACCCCGAGUGUCAACGAUGUGACGGGUUGGUGACGCCGGGAUCGCAGUGAUCUAACACGCCCGUGUGCCGGAAAUGGUGAGAAGUCGGUGCGCGGAACCAUGACGUGACCGCGGGAGGGGUAUCCGCUAGGUUGCUGCAGCCGGUCGCGGGCUUGAACACGCCGCCAAGAUGAGGGUGCCGGUUGGCUGGUACGUGCUGGUGCUGGCGACGUGCUGGCGCGGACCCGUUGCCGCCAGGUACGAGGGCCAGGAGGCGCAGAUCGAGCAACCGAAGGAGCUGCUGCGCCACCAGCAGAACCAUCGGCCGUCGUUCAUCGAGCGGAAACUGGAGGUCCGCGAGGACACCGAGCCUCCGAGCCAUCUGGACGACGAGCUGGAGUACCUGGACCAAGGGUUCACGGGCGGAGAGGACCCGGCGAGGAGCUGGCCCAAGCCGGAGACCAACAUCGAGAAGCCCGCCACCCAGAUCAGGCACAGUCGCUCCAGGAACCACUUCGCUAGGCAGGCGAAGCUCGAGGAGCCUGACCUGGCCUACGCCGGCGGGAAGAGGGUCCAGGCGAUCGGCAACUCGUCGCAGACCAGGGGUAGAAGUCCCGACGAGUUCCCGGGGUCCAUCGACGAACGGUCCACCGUGGACAUAGACAAGCUGAUCACGAGGCUGUCGGAGCGCAAGAAGGAGGGCAGGCCGAAGAACUCGACGUCGGUGCGUCACAGGAACAGUUCUAUGAACAAGCUGCGGAAGGCCACCGCGAGGAACAGGGCCACGAUGAUGUUCGGGAACAGAACCGCGGGGAACACGACCGACGACGUCUUCGGGCACGUCGUCCACGGGACCCAGAUAGACGGUAGCGGCGACCUGGACGACGCGGAGAGAACGAUCCUCGAGGACUACGACGUGUACAGCGACAACGAGGACGGCAGGAACAGCUCCGAGCACGAGGAGUACGAGGACUACGGCAAGAAGAUCGUGGAGCAGGCCAAGUCCAAUAAGGAAGGCGUCCACGUGGACAUCGUGACCAGGUUCCUCAGGAUCAUCGAGAACCAGCAUCUGCUGGGCGAGAACUGCACCGCUGGGACCGACCUGAACCUGGGCGAGGGCGUCGUGGAUCAGUACGCCCAGGAGAAGUUCAGGAUGGAAGCUAACCUCGCCGUGAACAGGGCCAACAUGCUGACCAGGCUGUGGAAGUACGCCCCCGAGGUGAUGUUGUCCUCCGAGUACCUGCUGCACGCUAGCAUACUCUCCAUGGUGGAGUUCGACGAGGACAUAUUCGCCGCUGGGAAUUGCUACGACAAGCUGCAGUACAAGGAACGCUGGCUGUUCUGCCCAUUCGCCCACCGGCUGCAGGACCAGGAUGGCAUACUCGUCAAGGACCUCGCUAUCGAGUACAAGUACCUCAGCAACACCAGCGAGUGGUUUUAUAUCGCCAGGAAGAACGCGGAGAAAGUGAUCGCCAACAACGAACAGUUCAGCCGCGGUUUCCACACGUACACCAUGAACGAGACCACCCACACCGACCGGGAGGAGGACGAGAUCCUGACGGUGAGAUACGAGGACGGCAGGUGGUCGAAACCGUACUACGACUGCGGCGGCGGGAAUAUCUGGAUGCUGACUUACACCGUUCCUUUCUUCGGCUACGUCAACGACACUUACUUCUUCAAGGGCACAAGUGGUAUUGACAUAGAUCUACGCAGACUGGACAUAGAUCAGUGUCCUCUGCCGCCAGGAUCCACCCAACUGAACAUUUUCGCAGCCAGCGACAAGUGCAAAAAGCGAACCACCGAGUGUAUCGCUAUUCCUGGGCUCGGAUUCCGUCGUGGUAGUUACAGAUGCAUCUGCAAACGUGGAUUUUAUUAUCCGGAUACAAAGUCACUGAUCCGAUACUACAAUGGCACUGUUAUCGAGGAAGAGUUCGAAAAAUUGAUGAUGGGCGAGGAGAGCCAGUACGAUCAGGAGAAUGUUUUUGAGUGUCUUCCAUGCGCGGAGGGCUGCGAGUCCUGCGAGGACGAGUCACCGUGUGUGGUAUCCUUGAAUUGGUUGAUGAGGACGGCAAUCUUGAUCCUGGAAUGCUGCGUUAUCGCCUGUUUGCCGGCUGUCGUACUGUUUACCUGGAAGUACGGGAACGUCAAGGUGGUGAGGGCCGCGAGCCCGGUGCUCCUCCGUGUGAUCGUGCUGGGUGCAUUUUUCAUAUAUUGCACGACGAUUGUAAUGUACCCCCGCCCAAACGUCAUAACGUGCACGGUGCGAGUUUGGCUGCGAGAAAUUGGAUUCUCACUCACCUAUGGCGCGCUUAUGCUCAAAACAUGGAGGAUAUCGGUGAUAUUCCGAGUGAAGUCGGCGAGGGCUGUGAAGAUCACAGACGGCAGUCUGCUGAAACGGCUGGGAAUCAUCGUGAUGAUAUUCAGCGUGUUCCUUGGUAUCCGGACUUUAGUCGCGCCACCGGUGGUGAUAGUUGCCCGGACUGCGGACGACCUGAAGGCUUAUCUGUGCCGGACGGACUGGUGGGAUCACAGCUUCACUACACUGGAGGUGAUGUUCCUAAUUUGGGGCAUCAGGCUGUGCAUCGUGGUGCGCAAGACACCGUCGGAGUUCAACGAGAGCCGGUUCAUCUCGAUGGCGAUCUACAACGAAUUUCUACUCUCAGUCUUCCUCAACGUCUCGAUGUUGUUCUUGCAAUCGCCGGCCAAUCCGGAUUUAUUGUACGUGAUAUUUUUCUGUCACACCCAGCUUACUGUCACGCUGCUACUGUGCCUCAUAUUCGGCAGCAAGGCCUACGUGGUGUUCCGCAGCGGGGGCAAGGAGGACGCAAAACACUCGGGGGCGACCGGUAAAUUUCUGGGAAAGAGCACCCGGCCACCGGGCACCAGCAACCAGACGAACUCGAUCUCCCUUCAGCAAGGAAACUUCACCGACGAGAGCGACGGAGCCACGGAAGAGUUCCGUCGAUUCAUAAAUCAGUUAGAGGUCCUCAAAGAAAAAAACAUUCUUCUUGGCAACCAUCAUUUAGUGAACAAGUUGGUGGCGAUGUACGAGGCAGCAAAUCGAGCAGAAACACAGGUGUCCACGAUCCAGGCGAUCUCUUCAAGUAUGAGACUGAACGAUCUAAAUGGAUCCACGGCGAUCGCUGAAACGAACGUUGGAGGAUCCUACCAAGUCGAUGGUGACAAGAAAGCUGGUGUGGAGGCGAAAGAGGAGAAACGAUGCCAGGCGUGCGUGGAGAAGAACGGCAUCAAGACCAAAGAGCCCAGCUCCUCGAAAGAUAGCGAGGUCCUGGUGACGGUGGAGCCGAAGAAGACCCCGAGGACCGCCGACGUAGCAGUGUCGACUUCCGGUAGGCCGACCAUGGAGGACAUCGGUACGGAAACGAAGCCGGAAGAGAAAGAACCGAGGGAGAAGAGUAAGAGCAAAUCGGGCCACGCCAGGACGCGCGACAUAGUGAUCAAUCUGGACGACAAGACCAGGUUCUCCGAGGAGGUCACGGUGUAGAGACCCGAGAGCGUGUCCAGUGAACCUAUUAGGCUACUCUAAUUCGAUUCGAGCGGUCAGUGUCGGUGCGCAGGUGUUCAUCGAAAAAUAUCCGAAGUUCCCUUUUGGGAAAAUCGUUCGCCGAUAGUUGAACGAUUCCCAAAAAAACUCGAGGACCCCAUGGACCAGUGCUGCGUCGGAGGAAAUUCCCCAGGAUGUGCUUUCUUUGGUGAACCGUAUGAGAAGCGUCCGGAAAUAUGUAAGUACGCGACGGAGUUUUCUCGUUUCCUCGGCGGAAGGAUGAAGCGCGUCUUCGAACGAGGAAACUUCCAGCCGAUGAGAGAAUGCACUCUCCUGCCGAAGAGGUGCGUCGCCGGUCCGUCCCAGAUAGAAAAGUUCCGCACCUUUUCUCUAGUUUCACCGAUUUUUACGGGAACCUCUCGACUUCGGAUUACUCUGAACAGGCCCGCGUAGCGAACCAAUAAGUAUUUGAUCAUUGUUGCACCACAUCGCGGAUUCCGAUGCCGGCACGCCGAUCAAACGAUUCCUCGUCCCAAAUCACGUCGGAAAUGUCUUAUGUACCAUCCAACUAGGACGCACCGUUCUUGAGAAAAUCGACUUUGAAAUAACCGACCGCCGUGGCCACGCCCCCAUCGACGCGCGCACGUCGGCAGAAAUUUCAACCACGAUUUACUCGGCGAAGGUGCGUUCUAGGAGAAAAUUGUGUAGGACGUUUUCGACGUGCUUUUGCUCGGAGAAUCGAAUUCCGUCGACACUUCCGCGCGAUAAAACGAAACUUUCGAACGUUAGAACGUUUCUCGAACGUGACACACGGGGAGAUGUUUGCUCGGCGCGCGACCGAGCACACGAAAUCCGCGAACGUUGUUUAUUUAAAAACUCGAUUCUAUCUGGGACACAUCCGUCAGCCUCGACGCGCAUGGGCGGCCCGCUCAGCUUCUGUAAAUAUCGCCCUAGCCGCUUAUUCGAAGUCUUCUCUGCCGUAACGCGUAAGUUGAUUUGUAAAUAAUACAGAGCCGCUCCCACGCGAGCGACUUCGCGCGAGCCACACGAACGGAUCGAAGCCGUUUACAUUCGAGAUCGAGCGGGUCCUGAGAUAUAUGGGCGGGGAGAGAGAACGACCCGCCCGCGCGCUCGUCAUAUCAGUCCAACUGUAAAUAACGUUGUACAUAAACCACGCGACGCGCGAGUUUGCCACUAGACUAACGAUCGAGUUUCGUUGUUAUGAUCGUGCGUUAGGUUAUCACGGAGCGUCGUUGGACUAACCGGGGACAUUGUGAUCGGUUGUUGCACAAGGAAUCGCGGGAUCUUCGAGUUUUCGAUAAUCGUUCUUGCCUUCUAUCCUAGACACUCUGAUGCAA